UAUAAUGGUAAGGGUAUAUAUGUGCCACUUUUAUAACGAGGGUAUAUCAGCUCCAAUGACAAAGUUGAGGGUAUAUCAAACCUUUUCCCUUAGAAUUAUAUGUUAUCUUCUUUCUCAUAUAUACUAUCCCUUGUCCACAAAAUUCAAAGGAAGACAAUCACUAUUUAUCGGUGAUGAAUUCUUUCUUACGUAAUUGGAGAGCUGGUUACGUAAGUUACUAACAAUUAAUGAUCACUUUCUUCCACAAAUUGAUGAGAGUAAAGAGACGCAAAUGUAAUGUUCACUGGUAGACAUAACAUGAUAUAUAAUGUAACCUAUGAUAUAUUUUUAUUAAUAUUAAAAUGUUAUAUUGACGGUCUAGAUUUAUCUAAACUCGGUUAAGUAAAAACAAGCUAUCUAAGUAUCAACAUAAUUGUAAAAUUAGCAGAAGCUUUAUUUUUAAACAUACAACUGAUACUAUAAAAUUAGCAAUUUAAUUAUAAUAAUUAGACGUUAGUUAGAGAUCUAAUAAUGCCUAAUUAGUAAACAAAUGCAACAAGAUUAGACAAUAAAUCUUCGUGAUUCCAUUAACAACUCAACAUACAUGUUCGAAAAUAGUUCUGCUAGCCCAAAAUCAUUAACUAAGAUCGGAAAAACAGAUUGAAAUUAUUAUUAUUUCAUUGAUAUCACAGGGAAUAUUAUGAACUUAGCAGAAGUAUUAUUUUUAAACUCAGUUCUAAUCUUCAAUCAUUAGCUAUUUUUAGUACUUAAUUAAUAAUUAGGUUAGUUAGAAAACAUCCAAUUUUAGAAACAAUCCAAUGAUAUAUAUAUAUGUAUCUUUAACUUUUACCAGGUAAAUAUUGAAUACCUCUGAGAUAGAUUUAACUUAACAUCUUAGAUUUAGAGAAAAGCAUAAGAAAAAUGGGAGUGAUGAAAACCAACAUACAUGUAGAGAAGUAUGAAAGAAUGGCUGAACUACAAGCCUUUGAUAAGACGAAAGCCGGUGUUAAGGGACUAGUCGAUGCAGGUAUAACCAAAGUACCACGAAUGUUUAUACAACCAUCGAUGAUUGAACAUUCGAGGAGUGAAAACAACAACAAGUUGAUCGAGUUUCCAAUAAUUGAUCUUGAUGGCAUCAAGGAAGAUCCGAUCAAACAAAAGAACAUAGUCCAAGAAGUUGGUCAUGCAUCCGAGAGUUGGGGUUUCUUUCAAGUGAUCAAUCAUGGGAUUCCUAGUCAUGUUAUGGAUGCAAUGAAAGACGGUGUUACCAGGUUCUUUGAGCAAGAUACUGAGGUGAAGAAGCAGUGGUAUACGCGAGACUUGAACAAAGAGUUCACAUUUAACAGCAAUUUUGAUCUGUUUAGAGCACCGGUAACCAACUGGAGGGACACUUUUCGUGCCACUAUAGCUCCUAUACCUCUAAAACCCGAACAACUCCCUUCUGUCUGCAGAGAUAUUCUCCUCGAGUACACGAACCAAGUGAUGAAAUUAGGUGAAACUCUAUUUGAACUAGUGUCCGAGGCUGUUGGCCUCGAACCAAAUCACCUCAAGGAUAUGGGUUGUGCAGAGGGGCUUCUUGCUUUAGGCCAAUAUUAUCCAGCAUGCCCACAACCUGAACUUACUCUAGGCACCAGUAAGCAUGCUGACAACGACUUCCUCACCGUGCUUCUCCAAGACAACAUAGGCGGUCUUCAAGUCUUACAUCAGAGCCAUUGGGUAGAUGUUCCCCCUACUCCCGGAGCACUCGUGGUCAAUAUAGGAGAUCUUCUACAGCUUAUAACGAAUGACAAGUUCAAAAGUGUUGAUCAUAGAGUACUGGCUAAUAAGGUCGGUCCAAGGGUAUCGUUGGCAUGCUUCUUCAUGACGAAUUGUAUGACAACACAUAGGAUGUAUGGACCUAUAAAGGAGCUGAUAUCGGAACAGAACCCUCCGAAGUACAGGGAAACAACGAUUAAGGAGUUCACAACUUAUUUCAAUAACAAAGGGCUGGAUGGCACUUCCACUCUGUUGCAUUUUAGACUCUAAAUCAUCGCGAUUGUAACAGGUAAUGCAUGUGUUGGAAUAGUUGUAAACAUCAAUAAAGAUACAAG